CGCCUCAAUCAGGCAGCGGGGGCUCCGUGCAGUUGAGUGCUGGCAGGGAGCUGGUUAACACUGACACGGCUGGCUGGUUUUAAUAGGGAGGUAGUGGAGAGAGGGCGAGGUACAGCACACAGCACAGCCGACACCUGCAAACACUUGACUGGACUCGUACAGAGAGUGAGCGCGUCUGACUCUGGAAUACUAACGGAUUUGCCCCUCAUGAUAUUGGAAAAUGACAGUGCAGCUGGAAAUGGAAAAGUUUUUUUGAGCUCCGCGUAAUUCUCAAAGGGUAACCGGUUUAUAAACGCUAGCUAGUACUUUUUAACUGCGACGACUGGAAACUUUGGCAACUGAGAAAAAAACGAAGAAAGAACCUAAAAGACUACAAACAAAUGGACAUUGACGCGUUUAUGUGUAUUUUGUGACUGUUUUGUUCGCACCGGACAACUGUGUGCCACGGAAUGUAACAUCUUCCAUCUUAAGUUACCUGGACAAGAAAUCUCGGUGGGUAAACUGCUGCCAUUAUCAUGAACAUGAUGCAAACCCUGCUUCUCAUCCUGAGCUUGUGUGUCUGGGGUUGUCAUGGCAAUGCCCGCACAACACCCCGAGUGCACCUGUCAUAUAAAGAGUUACUGGAGACAAAAACCAUACGGCCAUUCAGUUUCUCCUUCAAUACCAGUGACUACCGAAUUCUGCACAUGGACCAAGACCAAGGCCGGCUCUACCUGGGCAGCCGUGAAUAUCUGGUCUCUCUAGACAUGCAAAAUGUCAAUAAAGAACCCCUUAUUAUUCACUGGCCAGCAACAGCACAAAGAAAAGGGGAGUGUAAAUUAACCGGCAAAGGUGGACAGGGAGAGUGUGCUAACUUUGUGCGUCUGAUUGAGCCAUGGAACAGGACUCACCUGUACACCUGCGGCACAGGAGCAUAUAAACCCAUCUGCACCUUCAUCAACAGAGGCUGGAGGGCUGAGGAAUAUCUCUUCCGGCUUGUUCCUGGGUAUGUGGACUCUGGAAAAGGAAAGUCUCCUUAUGAUCCCCGGCAGGAGAAUGCAGCAGCUCUGAUCAAUGGGAACCUGUAUGCUGGGGUACAUGUGGACUUUAUGGGUACAGAUCCAGCCAUCUUCAGAACCUUGGGAGACCGUCCAGCUGUCAGAACUGAGCAGUAUGACUCCCGGUGGCUGAACGAGCCGGUGUUUAUAAAAAUCCAGAAGAUUCCAGACAGUGCAGAGAAGAAUGAUGAUAAGCUUUACUUCUUCUUUCGGGAGAAGAGUUUAGAUGCUUCUGGGGGCAGCGCUCCGAGCGUCCUCGCGAGAGUAGGCCGAGUCUGUCUGAAUGAUGAUGGAGGUCAAAGGUCAUUGGUGAAUAAGUGGACGACUUUCCUCAAAGCACGACUGGUCUGUUCUGUGAUUGGUGCAGACGGUGUUGAGACUUACUUUGAUGAACUCAGGGAUGUUUUCAUCCAGAGGACCCAUGAUGAACGGAACCCCAUCGUGUAUGCUGUGUUCUCCACAGCUGGCUCUGUGUUUAAAGGCUCUGCUGUGUGUGUGUACUCAAUGGCCGACAUCAGAAAUGUCUUCAAUGGACCCUUCUCUCACAAACAUGGUCACAACUAUCAGUGGACACCCUACACUGGCAAAAUCCCCUACCCUCGCCCGGGGACUUGUCCUGGAGGAACGUUCACCCCUGAUCUCCACACCACUAAAGCCUUCUCUGACGAGGCUGUGAACUUUGUGCGUGCCCAUCCGCUAAUGUAUCAACCUAUAUAUCCGAUACACAAGCGCCCCCUGGUGGUCAGGACUGGAGUUGAUUACCGUUUCACCACCAUUGCUGUGGACCUGGUGGAUGCUGUGGAUGGAAGAUACGAGGUGCUCUUCCUGGGCACAGAUCGUGGAACAGUCCAAAAGGUGAUUGUCUUACCAAAAGACAUCAGCACAACAGAAGAGCUCAUUUUAGAAGAGGUUGAGGUUUUUAAGACUCCAGCAGCUGUCAAAACUCUGAAGAUUUCUUCUAAAAGGCAACAGUUGUACGUGUCCUCAGAAAGGGGUCUUACCCAGGUGUCCUUGCACAGGUGUGCCGUUUAUGGCAAGGCUUGUUCAGACUGCUGCCUGGCCAGAGACCCUUACUGUGCCUGGGAUGGAGAACACUGCUCUGCUUUCACCCCGGCUACCAAGAGGAGAAGCAGAAGGCAAGAUAUCAAACACGGAGAUCCCUUAAGGCAGUGCAGAGGAUUCAACGCUAAAGUAGAGAAGCGUCUGAGGGAGACGGUGCAGUUUGGGGUUGAGGGGAGCAGCACUUUCCUGGAGUGCCAGCCGCGGUCCCCACAGGCCACUGUCAAAUGGCUCUACCAGAAGGAUGGCAAGCGAAAAGCACUCAGUCGAGACAAAGAGGUCUUGAAGACGGGGCAUGGCAUCCUGCUGAAAUCCCUCGCCCAAUCGGAUGCCGGCCUUUAUCACUGCCUGGCAACCGAGAACAACUUCAAACACACCGUGGCGCGCAUCUCCCUACGGAUCCUGGACCGGGAGAUUGUGGAGGCGUUGACUGAGUCGGACGUCUCUGUAGAACCAGAGCACCGCCGCCACCAUUCCCAUUCCCAUCACCACCUUCUACCCCCACCCCCUCCCCCUCAGUCCAAUCCACCUCCUCUCCAGCUCCACCCGCAGCCUGAAGUGCGUCUCAUCAACCAGUACUGCCAGUCCUACAGGCAGCAGAUACAGAGCCCACCACACAAAGCCAAACGCAACAACCGCAGGCACACAGGAGAACAGGAAGAGGAGGAGCUACAAGAGCAGUGAAUGGAACAGCAUCUGAGACCCUUUUGACCAUGUCCCAUCCAUGUGCCCCCUCAUUAUGUACUUCCUCCAGGCAAACUUCUAUUCAGUCCCUUUAAUAAAGUGAUUUAUUAGUUAUUCAUUUGAUUCAUUAGAUGUAUCAGACUGUGUCUGAACUAAAUUGAUUUCCAUUUUGAGGUACAGUUUGAUGCACUUAGCUUCCCUAACUAAUAUAAAUCUGGCUGUGAUGUGCUCACUACCAUAGUUAGCGUUAGACUACACUGUUUUCUAAAUAAAUUCCUUAAAACGUUCAGCCACACCAGCAAAACUACUGCCAUAUUAUGUAAAAUAUAAGCUAUUCCCUUUUAAGAUUCAAUACACAGAUGACUGCAGUGUAAAUACUAUUAGAAACAUUCAAAAAUAUGUUUUUGCUUUGCAUUAUAGAGGCAUCAAAAGGUGUUUGGGGUUGGAUUUAAAGAAAACACAGAUUCAGUUGGGCAUCUCUAAACACCCAGAAUAUUAAAUACAGCUUUGGAAAAAAAUCUUCUAGUACAUUUGAAGACGCUUGGAAAUGCAUAUCUGCAAGACUAUAAUUAUAGCACAAUAUAUCUUGCCAUCAUUUUGACCACUGAAGUUUUUACUUGGCAUUUGUAGUUGUUGUUUUUUUUAUAGCGUUUUCCAUUGGAAAGUCCUUUGAAGAAUGGAUCCAUUUGAAUGGAGGACUAGGAGUGACAAUAUAUAUAUAAUAUUUAAAACAUAAAAUUGGAAAGUGAUUUAUUCCAUUUUUAUGUUUGAAUUAAUAAAUUGAUAACUUAUUUCUGUCAUUUUAUCUUUAAGUGUCAUUUCUAGCAUUUCAUUUCUGUAUCAUUUGCAUGGUUAAACAUGUUUCAGAUAAAACUUCAGAUUGAUUGUGAAUUAAAAAUAAUUGAAAAUAACAAUAUUGGUCAUUAGAUUAAAAAAUACAUUUAAAAAUGUUUUUACAUUUCAAAUAUGUGGAUUAUCAAAAUAUGUAUCUAAUACUAAAAAUAUAUAUUUAGUCUUCUUUUUGUAGUGGAACAAGCUCCUCUAAAAAUUUCCAGGGCAAUAAACCAAUCAUGUUACAAAUCCUGAAAUUAGUGUUUUAUAGGACAAAACAGCGGACCAAAAUGAAAGUCACUGGAUUUGCGAAGAUAAAAAUGUUUAUAGGAAUUAUGCAUCAAAAUCUCUCCCUUGUAAUGAAAAUAAUCAGAUAUAACUGUAGUGUGAAAAGCCUCAAUAUGUACUUCACAUUGCAGUUUUGAAACUUUUCAUCUUUGAAUGUGAAAGCAACCAAAUACGAGUCAGUUAUCCUCUUGUUUUGUCUUGUAUUGUUCGUCGCCCAGCAAACGGAGCUUCCCUGAUUUGAACUGCUGUACAUAGAUACAGUUUUUCAGUCUGCUCUCUUCUAUCUUUGACUCUGAUGAUAGUCGGACCACUAAAAACAUUCUCAUUCUCAAUCCAUAAUCAAAACAUGUUGUAUUCCACGGUUUGUCAAUGGUGAUAUGUGGUCAUGUUUUUUGCUCGUGUAUAAACACAGUAUCUGUGCUUUGUGUUGUGUGACAAUGACACAUGUACAUAGAAAAUGUAUGUAUUCGACUAGUCACUGGUCAGGAUUAAAACUAACCUCCUCUCUUUCCUCAUCUCUCCCGUGACGCUCUUUGUCUUUCUCUUUCUCUCACCCACACCAUACAACAUAUUUAUUGUGAGAGUGUACAUAUUCAUGUGAGUUGUGCUCUUUGGUGGUGGGACAGGGCUGGUUUUGAUGGAAAUUGUCAUUUUAUGUAUUGCUUAUAAACAGGACCAGGACACAUAGAGAGAUGCUGAGAAGAAAGAGGUAGAUGUUUUUGGAGUAACUAAUAGUAUUUUAACAUUGAAACGCACUUUGGGGUUCUCGAGAAAAAAAUAUGGGUAAAAAAUCAAAAUCUAACAAAUUUUUGAGGGGCACACAACAUAAUUCAUAUUGUUCUCAGAGUGUUUUAAGCCAGAAAUGUCUACCUCUUCAAGCACUUUCUAUGGAAUAUCACUUAGCACCAAACUAAAGGACAAAGGCAAAGAAAAUGUGUUGUAUAAUUUUCUUCUGGAAACAUCUACUUUGUCUGGUCCACUAAUGUUAUUAUUUUGAAAGGAUAAGAGACCGUUUCUCUUCAUUGGAUGUUGGAGGCGUAUUUAUAAUGACUGUGUAUAAAAAGCGCUCAAUGAAGCGCUCUGUGGUUUCAAUCCCAGACAUGUUAUCUUGUCUUGAAGGGUGAAGAACAAACUCUAAGUCCAAACCACAUUUCUUUCCUCUCCACAGAGAUGUUAUUGUGCAGAAUGACAUUUGAGUCUGUCUCUGAGGAACUUUAAUGCCACAUAGACUUCCUUUGUCCUGUUGUGUCUUUCCUUUGGUGUUGGCUGUUGAACUAAACAGAAACUUCCUAAAUAUGGUUGCUUCUUGAAUAUUUCCUCUUUGUAUUUACAGAUGUUUGUGGAGGUUUGUGUUAAUGUGAUUGUUUGUGAUAAAUAUUAUUUUAUUAUCAUGGUAUUAUGGGGUUUGGGAGUCCUAAUAGGUGUUUUUUAAAAAGCAAUAACAAUAAACUGCUGUUUUCGUUUUUA